CGCCCCUUUUUGAAGCCUACACACUUCCUUCAUCACACACACCACGGCUCAGCUAUGCACAGAGGCUGCUGCCUUUCAGGAAUCUAAUAAACUUUGAGUCCUGGUGUGAAAUCCAGGAGGCCUGCGGCUCCCAGCGAGCGUUUCCCCCGCCGGGUCACAGCGGCCGUCACUCCGUCAUGCUGUCACUUUUUUCCGCGGAGCGAGUUUUACGCGUCGGCGUAAUUUGUUUCCAGUCAAGUCAGUUUUAUCGCUUUGAGUGAAACGGGUUGGAGCCACUGACCCGGACUCAACAAAACGCUGAAGAUGAAUAACAGCUCGGCCAACUGCAGAACCGGAACCAGUAUGUCGGGUAUAACGGGAAGCACAGCAAACUACCUGUGGUCUGUACAUGAUGUCCUUGGCCAGGGGGCCACUGCCAGUGUCUACAAAGCGCGCAACAAGAGAUCAGGCGAGCUGGUGGCGGUGAAAGUGUUCAACGUGCUGAGCUACAGCCGCCCCCAUGAUGUCCAGAUGAGAGAGUUUGAGAUGCUCAGGAAGCUCAACCACAGCAACAUUGUGAGGCUGUUUGCUGUCGAGGAGCUGCAAACAAAGCAGAAGGUCCUGGUGAUGGAGUAUUGUUCAGGAGGGAGUCUGCUCAACCUGCUUGAGGACCCAGAAAAUGCAUUUGGCUUGCCUGAAGCGGAGUUCCUCACUGUAUUGCAGUGCAUAGUGCAGGGUAUGAAUCAUCUGCGGGAAAACGGAGUAGUGCAUCGGGACAUUAAGCCGGGGAAUAUAAUGAGGCAAGUUGGAGAGGACAGCAAGUCCGUUUACAAGCUGACGGACUUUGGAGCAGCGCGAGAACUGGAAGACGACGAGAAGUUUAUGUCCAUUUAUGGAACUGAGGAAUAUCUGCACCCAGACAUGUAUGAGCGCGCUGUGCUCCGUAAGCCUCAUCUGAAAUCCUACGGAGUGAGCGUUGACUUGUGGAGCAUCGGCGUGACGUUAUACCACUCUGCCACAGGGAGUCUCCCUUUCACACCUUUUGAAGGACCCCGUAAAAACAAACUCACCAUGUACAAGAUAACCACAGAGAAACCCAUGGGCGCAAUAGCCGGCACACAGCGAGUGGAAGGUGGUCCUAUAGAGUGGAGCUACCACUUACCUUACAGCUGCCAGCUUUCACAGGGUCUGAAAGCCCUUCUAGUUCCUGUCCUUGCAGGCAUCAUGGAGGCUGACCAAGGCAGGUGUUGGGGUUUUGACCAGUUCUUCACAGCCACUACAGACGUAUUGCAGCGGCAGCCCGUUUAUGUGUUCUCCCUGCAGCAGGCCACGGCUCACAGUAUUUACGUCCAUCACUACAACACGGUGUCGGUGUUCUUUGAAGAGGUGGCAGCUCAGACUGGCAUUGGCAUCCCGCAGCAACAUCUCAUGUACCUGGGCCAUGAUCUGGUUCUGGAGGGCGGCAUGAAGGUGGUGAACCUUCCAUGCACUUCAUCUUCCCAGCCUCUCAUUCUGCUGAGCAGCACACCGGAGACCAACAGCAGCCUGCCCUUCAGAGAGCCGGAGACGCCUCCCGUUCCAUCCAAGUUUGACGUAGUGACAGAUUACAAUUUCUCCAAGGUAAUAGUGGGAAUUGUUCACCAGUACAAGAGGAUCGUACUGUUGCUUCACACGUAUAGAGAGCUGCUGCUGCAGGGCUACUACAGCUACAUGAUGAAGUUGCGUCACGAGUGCACAGAGGCCAUGCACAGCAUUGCAAUCAUCACCAUUAGACUGCAGUCCUGCCUCAGCGCACAGCACAGGAUUCAAAAACUAGCUUCAUACUCAGCUGAAAAUCAAGGCUCCGUUGAUGACUCCAGUCAAAAGCUGCAGCUGGUUCAUCAGCAUCUGCCUAUUUAUUCUGCCGGCAUCCGGGAGUUUCAGACUCAGCUGGAGCACCUGCAGAUACAGCAGGCUAAGCUGGCCGAGACCCUCUCUCAUGAUAAGGGCUGUCAGAAGAUGCAGAUGCUGCUGGAGAAGAUAACAGCAAUUCAUCACCAGUAUCGCAAAGACAGACUCACAGGAAAACUUCUGUAUAACGAUGAGCAAAUACACAAGUUUGAAAAAAUCCACCUGAUGUCUCACAUUAAGCGGGUGAAAUCUCUCUUCAGAGACGAAUGUGUGCAGAGGUAUAAAGAGCUCUUGGCCUCAACAAGGACGUGGAGCAGCAUUUUGCUGGACAUGCAGACACGACUGCAGGACUUCACUUCUUUCUCUGCUGGCUUACUGGGAGACCUGGAUAUUAGCGAGCAGCAGCAGAAUAAGACUAUGAACAGAAUCCUUAGCUCUCCUCAGUUUGGUAGAGCUGAACAGCAGCCUGAAAUCACACCCAGGGACAAGUCUCAGAUGGUCUUCAGGAUGCAUCAUCUGAGGGAUGAAAUGGAGCUUCUGGUCAGAGAACUACAGUGUAACAACAGCAUCAUAGAGAGCCUCGGCGGAGUGAAUUCUUCAGAUGCUCUGGGGGCCGGUCCGACCAGACCAUCCACACUGUGACAUUGAUGUGCAGUCUUUUCACCUCUCAAGUCCACAUGCAGCGUCUCUGGCAAUCACUGCCACUGAUGAAUUGUGUGGUGGAGCUUCUAUCUGUGGAUGGCUUUCAUCAUGUAAAAGGAAGCAGUCAGAGACUUUCAGUAGAAUGUGAAUCUCAAUUUAAAGAGAGAUGCAGGAUGAGGCUCCGAUGAAUGGUUUUUAAUCAUUGUGUUUGUGUGAGGGUGUGUGUUUGCUGCCUCGGUGAUGCAGUUCAAUGCAAACCUCAUUAAUGCCGUUUGUGUUAUUGUAUUUUUAAUAGGCUGCCAUAGUGAUAGACUGUGGGCACGAAACAAAACAAAUGCUCUGUCAGCAGCUGGAGUGUUUUAUUGGUUGCAUUUCCUGUUUUCCCUUCUACCAGAGAAGCUCUGGAGAAUCCAAACAUUUUGCCUCUGAGUGCAUUUACAUAUAUUCUGGUAUUCUAGAGUUUAUGAUAAGGGGCACAGAUUUAAUACAUUUAUUUUUUUGUUCAUGUCUGUUUUCAUAAUUGUAUUUAGUAAAUCCUGAUUUGUGA